ACAACUCCUGGACUUGAAAGAGGAGGAAGGUGGGCUGGCAGCCCCGAGCCACAGUGCACCCGGAAUGGGCUCAAGUCCAUCUGAGUCCCACGCCGGCCAAGGUGCCCAGAGGCACGACCAAGACCGCCAUCGAGGGGUCAGUGAUGAAGCCUGCCCACCAGCGAUUGAUUUUGAGGCUCUUCAUAGGCCCAUCCGAACAGACACUGGCCCGUUCGUGCUCAGAGUCUUUGUUCCCUUUCGAGGACGUCAGGCUGGCAAGGGAGGCUGGACCCCAGGCUUUCCUCCUCAAGCUCCACCACCAGCUGCCCAGCUGGCCCCUAUCAUUCGCCCAGUGAACUCUGGGCCAUGGCCACAUGGCGCUUCCAGGGAGGGCCGCCUGGCCACCAACCAGUCCAACGCCUCGCAGGAUGGCUCCUCUAACACCCAGAGAGAGUACAGUAACUUCCGACGUUGGCAGCACAUCAAGCCCCUGGCCCGGAGACACUUUCACCUGAGUCCUGAUGCAGAAGCUUUUUCCUGCUUUCUCAUCCCAGUGCUUCGAUCCGUGGCCCGCCUGAAUCCCAACAUGCCGCUGGAGGAGGGACUGUGGAGGGCCGUGCAGGAAUGGCGGUGCAGAAGCAACCCUGACCGGGUGAUCUACUACGAGAGGGCGGAAAAGUUCAUGGAAUUUGCAGCCGAGGAGGAGAUGCACAUUCAGAAUUUGCAGUGCAUGCAGUGCGCGCAGGACCUGCCUCCUCCAGCCCCACCGAAGCUGGAUCCUCGGGGGCCCCCAGCCCCGCCCUCACCUUCCUUCCCUUCCUCCUGCUCUGCCUCAGCCUGUGCUCCCAGGAUGUCCGGCCCCAGGGCCCAGCCCUCGCACCCGAAGCCACACAGAUCCCAGCGGAACCCGGAGCCCAAGGCGCCCAAGGUGAUUCCCCCUGAGACUGUGAGGGAGUAUGUGGACAGGAUGGAGGCGCUGGCGGGGCACGUCCACUCAGCCACAGGCAAGUCACCUGCAGAAUGUGGAAAGGACGGAAAUGAGCUGAACCAGGAAGAGGACGACACCUACUUGGACCCGUGUCUCUUGAGCUGCAUUGACGAGCUGCGUUCCCGGGAAGACUCUGUCACCAAGGUGGAGGCAGUCAUUCACCCUCGAUUCCCGGCAGAAUUGUUUUCCCCAGACCCACAGCUGGAUGUCUUGGCCCUUGCUGAGGAGCUGAAGCAGGAGGAAGGACUCACCCCUGAAGAACUGGUGCAGAAACGACUCCUGGCCUUGAAAGAGGAGGAAGGUGGGCCGGCAGCCCCGAGCCACAGUGCACCCGGAAUGGGCUCAAGUCCAUCUGAGUCCCACGCCGGCCAAGGUGCCCAGAGGCACGACCAAGACCGCCAUCGAGGGGUCAGUGAUGAAGCCUGCCCACCAGAGAUUGAUUUUGAGGCUCUUCAUAGGCCCAUCCGAGCAGACACUGGCCCGUUCGGGCCCAAAGUCUUUGUUCCCUCUCGAGGACGUCAGGAGGUCUCUCCAUUCCGGGCCGGACGGCCCUCCCCUCCCCAGGGUCAAAGGUGCACUGGCCCUCUACUGGGACCCAGGGAUGCGUCUGUUCUCAGGGAGGCGUCUCCUGUUCCGGAGGCCCGAGGGCCCAGGGACGCGUCCAGUGAGCACGAGGAGGAGCUCCCCAGCCUGGCCCCCCUCUUGGCCUCUCCGCAGAGCCUGCCGCCUUGCUGGGUGUCCCAGAGUCCUGCCCCUGCCUCAGGUCUGGCCUCCCCUGGAGGUUGGGGGUCUCAGAGUGCUCCCCAGGCCCCCUCCCCUCAGAGAAGAGGCCCCAGCCCGGCUCCACCAGCCGCUCCCAAGUCAAGGAAGCGGGCUCUGUGUGGGCGCCCAGCCGCUGCUGAGAAGCUGCCCAUCCCCGGGGCUGGCCACAGGGUCUCUGCGAGGCCAGCCUUGGCUCUGGGGCUGGCUCGCCCCUCACAGCCGGGAAAGAGAAAGCGUGACCCGUUUGUCACAGGGAAGAGGAGGAAGAAGCAGAGGAAGCACUGUAGCCAGUAG